AUGGAGAAGCCAGCCGCACUUUCCCAUCCUUGGAUAGUACCUCAAAAUCGAGGGAAUGGUUUUGGAUAUGAAGAGCCGAUUCGCCCUAUUAAUAUUCAACGACCAUUCGAGUCUGAUAUGAGCAAUGCACGUGGAUUAGACAUGAACGCGCCAAGACCCCAGUUCGUACCGCAUUUCCUGCCACACUUUGGUCUACCACUUCCCGAAUUUGAUUAUCGCUUGAAUGACUUUCAUACAGCUAACCUCAUUGGCGCUUAUAGCAUGAGCCAACGUGCCAACCUACCACCACCGGCAUUUAACAAUUCCGCGUUUUCGUUUGCGGCGACACGUCAUCUCGCACAAUCCGGACAAGCGGGAGCGGUUAACCAACCUCCGUUGAAUCCUCCGGUGCUAACCCCGAACAACCCACAGCCAACACAUCCACCACAACAGCAGCAACAGCAACAAUUACUACAACCACCGCCACUGUUACAGAAAGAGCCGCAUCAAUCAAAUUGCAAUGAAGUCACUACAACAAAUAGUGAACGACUUCAAGAGAAACCGAACCAUCCGAACCAUCUACAAUCACAGUUCCCAUUUGGCGCAAAACGAUUUGACGAGAAACCCGCACAAUUCCCAAUGACAAAGGCUGAUCAAGUCAACCAGUCAUUCACAAAGUCAUUUCUAGAUCGAAGCAUGUUCGACAAGCCAUUUCCCCCGAAUCGGCUUAGUGAGGAUGUUAUAUUUUCAUCGCAAACUUUUGGAAACGGACAGUUGCCGGUCGAAAUGUCUUCCUCAAACUUUCUAAAACAAGAAAUUCAAUCGGUAUGCCUUUCCACUCACGCAAAUGGUCUGCAUUUCGGAGCUCGAACUUGUGCUGCUUGCGCAGCAUUCUUCAGAAGAACGAUUAGCGAUGACAAACGAUACAUCUGCAAAAGGAACCAGCGAUGCACAAACGGAAGCCGCGAAGGCAACGGCUACAGGAAAAUAUGCCGAAGUUGUCGAAUGAAGCGGUGCCUUGAAGUUGGAAUGCAACCAGAAAACCUGCAGCUGAAACGGAACAAGCAGAAUGAGACACCGACAAGAAAGACAUUCGAAUUCUUCCCAGCCUUCUAUCCAAAUAUACAACAUAAUAUUCAUGCUAAUAUACAACCGAACCUUCAAUCGAAUCUUCAAGCUAAUUUCCAGAGAAACAUUCAAACAAGUCUUCCACCAAACCUUCAACCGAGUAUCCCGACAAACCUUCAACCCAAUAUUCAAGCAAAUCUCACAACAAGCGUUCAAAACAAUAUUCAGCCGAAUAUCCAGCAAACUGUCUGA